GCCAUUAUUACAAACUCAUCGUGUCUGGAGAACGGCUUCGGAAGAGCGAAUUACAAACAAACAAACAAACAAACAAAAACAAACAACAACAACAGCAGAACGCGUUUUCCUCACUCUGACUGUGUCUCCUCUGACUGUCUUCAUGGCCUCAGAGGAUAUUGCUCAGUUGACUGAUUCUCUGUCCAGGACUCAGGUGGGCUGCAGCGGGGAGCUCAGCUAUAAAGGAAGGGCCCUGAAACUGGACAAUGCAGAGGCUGCGAGGGAGCUGGUCCAGGAGAUCGAGGGCUUUGAAGGGCUGCAGGCUCUGAGGCUCGAGGGAAACACUAUUGGAGUCGAUGCGGCCGAGGCCAUCGCCAGAGCGCUGGAGAAGAAGAGAGACCUACAGGUGAGACUCGAGUCUCCUCUCUCUCCCCCUCUCUCUCAGAUAUCUCUGGGUCAGGCUGUCAUGUUGGCUGGGGCCCGCCUCACUCAUCUGGAUCUCAGUGACAACGCCUUCGGUCCGGACGGGGUCCGAGGGAUUGAAGCUCUGCUCCAGAGCGCCUCCUGCUUCUCUCUGAGGGAACUGCGCCUCAACAACUGUGGCAUGGGGAUCGGCGGGGGCAAGAUCCUCGCCGCGGCUCUGAUUCGGGGUCACUCCCUCUCCAGCGCUCAGGGGACGCCCCUCAAACUGAGGGUGUUCAUUGCAGGGAGGAACCGACUGGAGAACGAGGGAGCGAGCGCCCUGGCACAGGCAUUCCAGGUGAUGGCCAGUCUGCAGGAGGUCCACAUGCCUCAGAAUGGUAUAAACCACGCUGGUGUCUCUGCUCUGGCUUCAGCCAUGAAACAAAACUCAGAGCUCCGCGUUCUCAACCUCAACGACAACACCUUCACCAAGAGAGGGGCUAUCGCCAUGGCAACGGCUCUGAAGGCUCUUCACAAUGUGGAGGUGAUUAAUUUUGGAGAUUGUCUGGUGCGUUCAGAGGGGGCUCUUGCCAUGGUGGAGGCUUUGAAAGAGGGGCUCCCCAGCCUCAAGGAGCUGAAUCUCUCGUUUGGUGAGAUUAAGGAGGAUGCUGCCCUCGCUGUCGCUCGGUCCGUGAUCCACAAAACCCAGCUGAGCAGACUGGACCUCAACGGUAACUCUCUGGGGCUGGAGGGCUGUGAGCUGUUGAAGGAGCGAUUUGAAACCCUGUAAAAAGUUAAUAUGAACUUCAGCUUGUGUUUUUUUGAAAAAAAAAAAUGAUUCAGUGAUGAUGAGGGUGAAGGAGACGACGAUGACGAUGAGGAGGAGGAGGAAGAGGAGGAGGAGGAGGAGGAGGAAGAGGGAGAGAAGGAGGAGGAGGAAGAAGAUAAAAGGCCAGCCGCUCCUGCCAGGCAAGACUCCACUCCGGUCUCCACUCCAGUGUCUACUCCAGUCUCCACUCCAGUGUCUGCUCCCACUCCCCCAGUCCCCACAGAAGUCUCCACUUUCCUGGCUUUCCCUUCCCCAGAGAAACUGGUCAAACUGGGAGCCAAGCGAUCGCUGCUGUUCGAGCAACAGGUUGAUUCUAUGGAUGCAGGGAAGGUUGCAGAAGCAUUCUUAAAGAUCGCCUCUGUGUUGAGGGAGGACAAAGAAGUCAAAAGAGCUGUUCUAGACACAGUCGAUAGUCUACUGAAGAAAGCAUUCAGCUCCCACUGUUUCCAGUCCGAUCUCUUCAUCACCAGUAUACUGGUCUACCUGGGACUGCUCAAGAGCGAAGAGAAGUUGAAGCCGGUCCGCGUCGUUCCCGCUCACCUCCUGACUCUCGAGCACGUUGUCAGGCAGGAUUACUUCCCGAAAAAUCAGCUGCCGAUCCUGGAAAUGUUCCUGAGCCAGAGGUCGACCCUUAUAACAGAUUCCUGCAAAUCUGCCCGUUUCAAACUACUUCAAACUCUACAGAGCUGAAUACCCUCAAAAAAAACCCUUUACCCACCCUCCGACCCCCCCCCACCCCACAC